AUGGAUCGACUUCCACAAGAACGGAUCGAUUCCCUUUUACGAGAAAUUGCCACGAAUUUGGAGAAACUACGCAACGGAAUGGAGCAAUCGGUAUUCGAGAAGUAUGUCACCGCUUUUGAUGAUUUCUUCAAAGGAACGCUUAUUAUGGGAGGUUUCUUGCAACUUUGCGAACUUUUGGUACCCCGCGAGUUGACUCGAGAACACGAAGAAGUGAGGAACAUGCUGUGUGAAAUUGGGGACACGAAACUCGCGAAUAAAAGAAUAGUGAGACGGAAAUUUCAAGCGAAAGAUGCCAUAAUUUAUCGAUUGCCCGAUUUUGGCGAUAUGAGAGCGAGAAUUGCACUUUCACUGGCUUCACGAGGACUUCUGAUGGAGUCUGGAUUGGACGAGGUGAUUUACGAGGCUACGCGUUUUUAUGUUAUGGACAUUCUGUUGUAUGCAGUACGAGGUGAGGUUGAACACGAUGGAUUCAUUCAAGCAGCACAGGCUGAACCGCUCACGAUAAAUGAUUUUAAUGAGGUUUUAAAAAAACGAAGCGAGGAUCCCGAUUUGAACGAAGCUCAAAGAUUAUUGGCCUCUAAAGAAGUUGCAAGAGAAAUUUGUGCAUUUUCAGAGAAAACAUUCCAUACUCGCUCAGCUAAAAGUUGCAAAACUACGUUUGUUGAAGAAACUUUU